AUCAGCAACAGCUGCACUCCACAUCCCAAUCUGCAGCAUUCUCUCCCCCACCACCAUUAUCAAGCCUUGAGAAAAUGGGGUUGUAUGGUGUUCCAACUCCCACUGCUCGCAGCUUCUCUUCAUCAGAUCCAACAGUGGGGCUGGGGACAGGAUUGCCUGUAUUGUCUCCUUUCUCACCAUCCCCUGUACCAAAUUAUGAACCACCUCUCAAACUUCCACAUCUCCCACAUAUGCCACCUAUCUCCUUUAGUGAGAACCUGCCUCCCCCCACUGACCACCGCACCUCACCCCUGCCUCGAAGAAAACAGGCACGACCCCGGAGACGAUCAGGGGAUCAGUGUGGGGCACAGGAUCUCACUAAACCACCAGUGUCUCCAGUGACGGAAACAGCGGAGAAUUUAUCCAUGAAGAAACCAGCACAUCAGCAGCAUCAGCAACAAAGCAACAGUAGCAGUAGUAACAACACCAGCAAUAGUAAUAACAAUAUUAGCAGCAAUGGAAAUAUCACGCCUGCCCCGACGCUUCCUCCUGCUCCUCCAGGAACGCCCGUUACUUCACCUCACCCACUGCUGCCUCCACCAUUAAAAUCAGAAAACGAAGAGUCUCAGCUGCCGGAAAAUGCGCACAUCGACAUGCACACACCAGACAGGGACCGUGAAAGGGAGCGGGCAGAGUUCUGCAAUAGUACAGAGUCUAUAAGCCUGCCUCCACCACCUCCGGACCCAACACUUGAAAAUUCUACUUUUCCACAACUCCCAUCUGUAUCAGCUCUUAAUAUGACGCCUCCUCAUGUUUUCUCAUUGGAUGCUCAGCUUGGUUUCUUUCCUGGCAUGGAGAGCUGUCGGAACCCGCUACUGAAUGACAUUUCAGAGCCAAGAAAUGAAAACCACCACAUAAUAGGAAAACGUAAAAGGAAGAUGGCUGUGGUUUCAGUGGGUCGACCAAAGGGGCAGCACAGUGCCCCACGAGGAGGUCCACCACGGUCAUGGACCAAUGCUGAGCUAACACAGGCACUGCAGCAUGUGUGGAACAAAAAGAUGACAACUUCGCAGGCAUCUCGGAUAUUUGGCAUUCCAUACAAUAGUUUACUUAUGUAUGUGCGUGGCAAAUAUGGCAAGUCGCUCAAGUUGGAGCAACUGAAGAAAGACUGUCUUGGAGGCCCUGGGGAUCCCCUUGAGCUGCUGGGACUGGGGCCCAUGGGUCCAGUGCCAGGGAACAACAACAAUAACAACAAUGCCAGCAGCAAGUCUGGUGCAGGAGAUGAACUGUUGGGUCCACCAGGCUCAGAACAUGACUUGGUCUCUGUGGGUCCUGGUGGCUUCAACCCUUACUUGCCUGCCAAUUACUAUCCUGACUUCGGUGCCUCUUUCCCAGUCCCUGUGAACAUGAUCCACCUGCUACCCCAGUCUGAAAAGAACCGUGAGCUGUUCCCACCCCCUAUGCCCCUCCCACUUGAUGUGUCUACUGCUGGCAAAGACGACAGUAAUGGAGGACGAAAAUCACAUGAGAACAAUGGUUCCAUGGAGGAGGAGCAUGAUGCAGUGCAAACACAACAGCAACCGCCCAAAGAGGACACCACUUCACAGCAACUUCUUGAACAGAAUGGGCAGAACUAGCAGAUGUUAAAAUUAAUAGAACUAUCCAGCAGGACAAGAUUUAAAAAAUCGCAAAUCAGAGCCCUUAUUGUUUAGUGAACUAUGGUAUUGUUGUUUGCCAGAGUAUCGACCAUUUUGUGUUAGAGAGGUCGUCUAUUGAAGCUUGUAAGAAAUAGUAAAUUUUAUAUGGAAACCUACAAUAUAGAUUACAUUUUAUACAGUAAUAUAUAUUAAUUUUAUACAUAAUACAGUGAGUAUUUACCUCAGAAUUUUUCUAUCUAGUACUUACAAAUUUUUGUAAUGGUUUACUUUAUCAGCAGGUUGUUACAAAUGCAGAAUGGAAUGUUAAGAUCAUCUCAAUUACAGUGACAAAAUGGAGGUCCUCUGGGAACUACAACAUUGUGCUUUCUUACACAAGAUCUAAAUGAAAUUGUUUGUGAUUGUCAGAGUAUGGGUGCUGGUAGAACAAGAGUAAAGUUAAAUUUUAUGGGGGAAAUUCCCCGCGCAUAAGAGUUGUGAUGUAGCUGAGACAAAUUCGUUGUGGGCCACUGAGAGGUCUUUUGUUGAUAUUAUUGCAUCGUGCUUCCUGGGUUCACAACCAGACUCAGAUACUCAUGCCUGUCCACAACACCAUUGUAGUAUCCACAUUAUUGUUUCUCAUACAUGGUUGAUCAUUGUUUACUUUACAAGACUGACUUCAAAUGCCAAUGUCCCACAUAUUUAUAUUUACUUAUGAUUAAUACAUGCUAAUUAAGUUAACUUCUUAACCAACACCAACAGUUCCUGCAGAGAUUUAUACCAAAUAAUGAAUAAUUUUAAGUUUGAAGAUAAAUAAUAAAAAAUUAAUUUUUAUAGACAACCGAGUAUUAUAUCCACAAUUCACACAUGAGAUGAUAGAAAAUACAUCCUUUUAUAUUCAUUCUUUCAAACUGAUUUUGAAACAUAGUUUGUUACAUUAAGUUUGAAGGCACAUGAUGACAAAUGUGUGCCAAAUGUGAUUUUUUUAGAACAAAUCACGGAUGAAAGGGAACCAGUGUAAAGAUUAGCAAGGUAUGGUUCACUGUAACAAUUGACCGUAGUUGUGAUAGGAACACGUGAAACAAAAGAAGAAUGUGCAUUGUAUCCUAAUGUUAAGUGUAAAUGUUGCUGGUUGUUAUCCAAAAAAGAGAGCAUGUUUAAAUGUCAAAAUGUACCAUGCAAUCAUUACUUCUUAUCAUGCAAGCAUUUGCAAAGCCAUGUGAAAAGUAUGUAGUAGUGGCAGAUUUCCAGGGCCCCAGAUGUUUCAAUUUGCACUGUGCAACUUGCCUGAAGGAUAACGAAUUUCUGACAGGUUAGUUAUGUUGCAAUUUGAUGCAUUUAAGUCUUACAUGGAUCUAAAAUUUGGAGUGAUCAUUUUGUUUUGAUAGUGGGCAACAUUUGUGAGAAUGUAUUCACACCCCCACUGAUGCAAAUCUCUAGGAAUUCUAGUGUGUAGAACAACACAUGUAUAAAACUACAUGCACAUAAGAACACCCACAUUAUUUGAGUACCUUGUCUGAUAAUGUAUAUUUGUUUUUGAUGUCCCAUGUUGCAAAAUUAAGUGACAAAAUUGUUGUAGUGCAUAGUGCUAGGAUUUGUUUUCUGUCGCAAGACAAAACUAUAUACCCACUGUUACUGAUCGUUCUAGACAUUGCUUUCUAGUGGCUGCCUCUAAUUUACUGAUUAGUUCAUAAACACUUCUUGAAAAUCUGUAUGAAAGUGUUUUAAACAUAAAAAUGUUAUUAAGAAAUUCUAAUAUUGAAAAAGUGGACAUAACAAUGACACUGCUUACAUCCUGUAGCAAACUACAAUUCUUGAUAUCUUCAAUUUUAUCAAAAAUUUGGGGAACUGACAAACACGUACACGUGCACACACACACAGAGGCAGAUAUUGGGUUUGGACACAUUAAGGAAAGUGUUCUGCAACUCAAGUAAGCAAACUCCUACUUUAAAAAUUACACCACUAUUCUGAUUCAGUAAUAGAUAGGAACUAAAUAAUGUCGUAUUGUAAUUAAUAUUUAUGUUUUUGUGGACAUAUAAGCAAAUGUAUACUUUAUGUUGAAAAUGCUAUACUUGCUUAUGUAACAGUUGUGAUCUUAUUUAGCUUUGUCCAUCAGGCAUUACAGUGACUGGGCUAUGAGGCAGAUGACCUGAGAAUCACAAAUAAAUUUCCAGUCAGGCAGAUUUUCUUCUCACUACAACAUUCACACUGGCUCUCCCAUAAAAUGGGUACUGGAAUUCUUUCCCUAUGGGUAAAGUGUCCAGGGUGUGAAGGUGACCAGUCAUUUGCAUCAAGUGCCAAAGAUAAGAAUAUGUGCAGCCAUUCCUCCACUCCCCCAUGUCUUCAAGGCAUGGUGCUUAAUUAAGCAUAGCAAUAAUUUUACAUUUGCCUUAAACAUGUUGAUGUCAUUGUGUGUUCUUUUUCUUAGUGGGGUGAGACUGAGUCCACUAGGUACUGCAGCCACUACUGGCCUA